AUGUCGACUUCAAACAAAGACCGAUACUAUUCUAGUAUGGGGAAAUCACGUAGAGGUUCCCCAGGGGAUUCACAAGGCAGUGUUUUUUUUCAGACGGGACAGGGUGGGCGAACAGUGCUCCCUCCUCUUUCAUCAGCUUUUCCAACCUCACGUUUUCCAGUUCCUGCAAACUAUUCUAGUUCAUAUACACAACCUCGCUCGUCUCCCGGUAGAUAUGAUCUCAAUCCUCAGGCGUUUUACCCCAACCAGUGGCAAACUAGUAGCACAUCGCCUCAACCAACACAUGCGUACACUUAUGAUACGCCUGAGAGGUAUUCUCCCCAACCGCCUUACGGUUAUUCGUCUAGGUCUUCCCCGCCUGUCAUACCUACCCCGUCAGACUCACGACGCUUACCUCCUUUGACAACAUCGAGCCCUGGAGGCGACCGAUGGCAGCAAUCAGAUUACGGAAUGCCCACAGCACAUGGGUACCCAAACAACAUCCGUUCGCCAACAGCCUCUUAUCCCAACACUUACGUUACUUAUCCAAGCUCGAACCAAACGAGCUCUUAUUCGUACCAUUUGCCGGGCAAUGACCAUCAUUCGAUGGGCGUACAAGAUCAUAGGUCAUUAUUUGAAGACGUCGAUUCUCGAGACCCUCGCUCCUCUUCUCCUUAUAGCCGCGGCUCAGGUUCUUCGCAAGUCUCGCCGCCAAGUUAUACUCCUCCCCCAGCCUCCCCCACCUCUCCUGAAGAGCCGACUAUUAAAAAGAAGCGCAAACGUGCGGAUGCAGCCCAGCUGAAAGUCCUUAACGAGACUUACAAUCGAACCGCCUUUCCGUCAACGGAGGAGCGCCACGCUCUCGCGAAGGCUCUGGAUAUGUCUGCGAGAAGCGUCCAGAUAUGGUUCCAAAACAAAAGACAGUCGAUGAGACAAACUAAUCGUCAGUCGUCGACAGUGAGCUCUGCUCAUCAGUCAUUUACAAUGGCGAACCAUGGCGAACCUCUACUGGAUGACCUAUCUCCUUCAGGAUACGGCGGCACCCCCAUUCCGAUACUAGAGACGCCAUACAUGACAAGCUCUUCCCAGCAGGAGACUAUCACUUCCCGAUCUCAUCCCUCACACUCAUCGUCGUCACAUCGUCGCAUUCAAGCUCAGGAGGAAGUACCUACUGACCCGCGCAAAUGGUCAGGUCUCCUUAUAUCUUGGUUCCCUUUUAUUCUUAGAGGCGCUUCAUUUAAAGUUACAGUCCCGCGCAUUAAUCAUUCAUUAAAUCUCACUAAAUACAUCUUCCAAACAUGGACUCUGGGACACCGUCAUUAUUAUUUGGCAUCGCUCUGCACUCCUACUUUACUCGUUAUAACGACUUUUAUUCAAGCUCACUUUACUUCAUCUCCAACGAGUAUAUCCAGUAUUUUAAUCGGUCAAGCGCACAAAAAAACUGCGGACAAAAAUGAAGCUCCACAAUUAAAACCGGGGUACAAAUUUCUCGCAGAUCUGCUAGUACGGCAGAGCAGAUAUAAAGACCGAGACAAAGGAGAAACGCUGAUUAAUUACGCAAACCCCGGUAGUCCUUCUGGCACCUCUUCAUCUACCAAGAAUAAUAAACAAAUAGGGGUUAAUGAAGAAGGCGACAGAUUAGCUACGAAGAUCAAUCAAUCUCGGCGACGUUUGAAUUUCGUCGCAGGAUCGCUAAAGAACCCAAGCAUCUGUAUAUUUGUAACCGCCGCCUCCAAACCGCCUCAGCAAGUUGAACGUAAAUCGACCACAGGCAUCGAAACGCUUCUGGCAGUACCCGCGCGGUGGAGUCCCGAAAACAAAGCGGGUGAGGGCAUGAUGCAGACAAUCUCUAGAAAAUUAGAAAGUGGGGCGAAAACCCGUGGCACUCAAGUCGGGAAUGCGGCGGAAAUCGACUAUCAUUGUUUUCAUUCAACUCAAAUUCAACUCUUCAUUCCUUUCUUCCACCGGAGCGAUUGGUAUUUGCGUGAUACGCCAGGCGCUUUAGUGUGGCCGAGCCCCUACGUGCAUACAUUGGUAUUAUCUUCUUUUGUCAUCUUCAGUGACCGCGAUCUUGUCAAAUACGAGGGCAACGUCAUUACCAGGUUGUUAUUUGCACCCUUUCGAUGGACGCACUUAUCUCCCUUCGCGAACAUUAUCCGUAACGACAUUGGUAUCGUCGAAGGAUUAACGGCUACUGACCAUUCUACCGCAAGCUGCGGGCAAGGUUUUCUCAUUUCUGAACGAGAAAUCGAUGCAUAUGUGCAGGCUGUUGAUUCACUAUCAUCAUCAUGCUGCUUCUCCUUCCACGUCGCCACUUUCGAGGGAUCAAACUCGUACGCGGAAGGCAAAAUCUAUCUGGGCUAUGACUGGGUAGAGGGCUGUGGGACCCCACGAUCCCACGACUGGCUUCGUUCCGCGCAAAGUCGCCUACCUUGA